UUUACAGUUACAUACGCAAUAACACUGUGCCAUUUGCACUUAAGACUGGCAAUCAUAGGAAGCAAAGACGGGUACAAAGAGAGACAGAAAAGAAGAGGAGGAGGACGGUCAUUCUGUGCCAUGUUGGCUGAAGGUUUUCUCAGAGUGUUGCGUUACAGGGAGGAGAGAAAGUUUGCCACUGCUUCCAAGAUUAAGAGAUCGCAGACACACACUCCUGGUACAGAUCAGUUCAGCAGUAUUCUCUCCGAGUCCAUCUCUACAGACCUACAGACAGAUUCAGCUGAAGAAGGUCCAAACCAGGAAGAACUAGACGCCACCCAAUUCCAGGGACUGAAAGUGGUGCCUCAAGGUCCUGUAGGCCUCUUGAUCCCUGGGUGUCCACCUGACCCUACAGUUUUCCUAGACAGCUGUAGCCUCCUGGACCAGUACCCAGACCUGCAGGUGGCCGACUCAGGUCGCAUCUCAACGUACCCACUGAGAGCCACCAUCCCCCAGCAAGGUUUUCACACUCAGCCUCUUGCCACGGAAACCUGCCGUCGCCCAGAAUGGGCAAUCCAACAGGGUCCACGAGGCGAGCCUGUCUUAUCGAUACCAGACCAGGGUUAUCUGGUUAUGGGGGCCAGUGUGAACAACAGCUUGGAUCUACCCGGAUCAGGCUUGGAGCCUAUGUCUAACUCAGUGCUGAAUGGACUGCUGGAGAAACAGCUGGAAGAGGUGUACAUGCAGCAUCUGACUGACAACUUGGCUCGAUGUAACUCCCACCUGGGGAACAGCCUCCUGCACGGCCUGGUGCCUCUGCCACACAGGCUGGGGCCGGACUCACUGGAGGCCGGUCUGGAACAGGGAUCAGGAGGGGACAGCGAAAAGAAGAUUAGUUAUCUGAGCACCCAGAACUUAGUUCCCUGCUCGUCCAACUUCAGCUCCCCUGUGCUGAGGAUUUCAGAGGCUGAAAGUACUCAUCUGCAAUGAAUGCAAUCAUGCACACUCCCAGCAAAAGGAUUAUGUUCUAUUAUGUGAUGCUCUGCUAAAGGCUUGUUUUUUCUUCUGCACUUCUUAACCUUCAAGUUUACACAUACCCACAUGCAGCUGAGAUGUGAAAACAAGUGCAAUUCAUUAAAUCAAUUCAUGCUUUUAUUUUUUUAUACCUAUAUUUACAACAUGUCUUUGUUUACUUGCUUGAUGAAAUGAAGCCUCAAAUGUACCUGCUCUCAUGUGCCAUCUGCUGUUAGUUUUAGGAGCUACACCAUCUUGUAUUCAGAGUAAUUUUGAAACAAAGUGUAAUCCAGCGUAAGAUUAUAAAUUUAUACUGCACGUUGAAGUUGCCUUGUAAAUAGAAUGUAACCUGUAAAUGAAUCCAUCUAGUCUAAAUUAAGUAAAAUAAGAUUCCAAUCAACACGUUUGUUUUUUAAGUGAUAUGUUGUAUAUAAGUCUCUCAAUAAUGUUUAGACAUAUAUUAAUUAUAUUAAAUGGUUAAGGUGGGUUGACUUUAAUGUGUAUGAUAAAUUGGCAUUUACUUACUUAAAAAUUGGACAUGAAGUGGAUACAUUUUUUUCAAUUGAUGUCCCCAAAUCAGACAAACAGGGACAAUGUAACACAACAACAUGACAGCAUCAGACAGUCAGAGUGUAAUUUGUUUUAAAGAUUUAUAGUUUGUUUUGUUCUUGGCUUUUGAGGUGUUUUUGCUAUGUUAUAUUAAGGUUAGUGUGUAGAAUUUUGAAAACUUAACAUAACUACAAAGUGGACUUUCAAACUCACACGAUGUUCUACGUUAUGGUGUGUAGAGAGCACAAGUACUCUAUUACUCAGGCUUCUGUGUGGUUAUACCUACAACAUAUUGAAUGAAGGCCUUCCUGCAGCCCAUCACAGAUAAGCCUGGACGUUGUCACACCAGCACUGUGCUCUACCUCAGCCACGUCCACUACCCAUUCUCCACUCAAUCAGUAUCAUCGUUCACUAUCCCCAGCACUCCUCACCUGUUGCCUGUUUUCAGCUCGUUAAUCUACAAAACCCCUCUCCAGUCCUCAGUUGCUGUCUGGUCUCGUCUCUACGUGGCAUAUGGACUCCCUCAGUAUUGUUGCUUCAGUGCUUUGCCUGAUCUUCCAGUGUUUUGUCUCCUGUUAAGUUGAUCUUCUGGGCUUUUGUACUACUAAGUUUGUUUGAGCAGUUUAACUAGAAGUCUCCUGAGUUUUUCCGGUAUUUUUGACACUGCCUUUGGCACCACUCUCCUUUGCGAUCUCCUGUGUUUUAUACCUCUUGGACCUUGUUUUUUGAUACUGUUUUUGACUUUUGUUUGCCUGACAAGAACCUUCAUUAAAAACAUUUGGAUUUUA